AUGCCGUCAACUCGAGCGUAUUCGCUGCUCCCGACCUCGGGAUCGACUGAAACACUUCCGAGCCCAGGUCGCGACGACGCCGAGUUUGAAGAGGCCUGGCCUUCAGAACGCGCAGCAACUCAUGGUUGGUUUCCUCUCGCUGCGACGCUGGCCACUCGCCGCUCCCGUACCCAGCGGCCAUACACUGUAACCAUUGCUGCUCUUUCCACUAUGUUCAUCCUUGUUAUCAUCAGCACCCUAUACGACAAUGGCCUAGUAACCGAAUUGUCGGCAUCGAAUCCAAUCCCGAGUUCAAAUCCGAGUCCGAGUCCUAGUCUGAGCUCUAGUCCUGCAGAGCCAGAACCAACAAGCACUAGGGAGCCAACUGUACGAGACUGCUUCGAACUCCCUUCCGACGAGCUCAUAUGGCAAACGACCCAACUCCCACCCGAGCGAUCCGAACUGUGUCCAUUCGAUCCUGAGUCCUUUGCGGUCCUCCGAGAAUCUCCAUACUCAUCCAAAUCCAAAUCCAAACCCAAUAGUAUCCGCUGGUCGAACGAAUGUUUGGAGGAUAUGUUGGCCGACGGCCAAGCUCAGCCAAGCUCGUGUGACCAGCACUCUGGGGCGCAAAAGAUCGACCUUGUCUGGACUUGGGUCAACGGGAGCUCGGCGCUGCUUGAGCUCACUCGACGGGAUAGGAAUGCACAGGUUUUCGGUGCACCACAGGCCGAACCAGAAUCAGAGCCAGAGUCGGAAACCAAUGCUGGGCUGGCGGCCAAGCUGUUCCGCGACCAUGAUGAAUUACGCCAUUCCAUCCGAGCAGCCCUACGACACUUUGAUACGGAAUCCAACGCCAAGGCCGAUUUUUUCCUCCUAGGGUCGGAUAUGCCUGUUAGCGUCCAUGGCUCGGGUAUGGACGAUGAUCCAAUUACGAGCGAAGCGCGAGUGGGUCAAUUGCCUUCCUGGCUCGACUUUGAAGAUAUGAGUCCAAAAGGAGAGUUUACCCAUUGGAGUCGGGAUGGGAAGCAAACCAGGCUGCAGGUCAGACACCACCGGGAUAUCUUUAGCCAUUACGAGGGGACGGUAUUCAACAGCUUGGCCAUUGAAUCGCAAUUCUCAAACCUGGACAAGAUCGGCGUUUCGGAUGUCUUUGUCUACGUCAAUGACGACGUCUUCUUCAGUCGCGAUCUGAGUCCGAGAGACUUCCACAUGCAAGAACAAGGCAUAGUCAUGCGUAUGCAAAACUACAUCUCCAUCUCCCCAGACCCCAGUGUCCCACAGCACGACGGACUCGAGUGGGAAAGUCUACAGUAUAGUAAUCACCUCCUCAGCACCCGCUUUGGCAGCCGACACCGCCCAUACCCAGCCCACCUCGCAAAAACCCUCUCCAUCUCCAUGCUCAAAGAAGUAUCCCGAGCAUGGCCGAAAGACCUCAACCGCGUAGUCCGCCGUCCGUUCAGAGGAAUGAAACACAUGACCAAGAACGAGAACGAGAACGAGCCGGCGGACAUGUACAUGGUCUUCAUGGAGCACCACUGGAUCGUCGAACGCUGGCGCGAAGCCCUGCUCUGGAGCUGGGUCGUCGCGCGGGGAGAAAUCCGCUCGAGAAAGGAUGCGAAUGCGUGGACGCAGGGUGUGGCGCAGCAGGCGUGGUCCGAGCUGGGAGGUAAAAUGGGAGAGUACACGUUGGCUGUUACGCGUGCCCCGCGCAGCACGUUGGAAAACGCCGACGAGUGGGCGGGGGCAAAGGCCACGAGCGUGUCGUUUUCCAGUCUGGAUGGGUAUCCUUAUUCGGAAGAGAUGGCUGAACAGGGAUGGGUGUCCGAGGGAGAUGUAUGCGAGUUAAGCUUUGAUCACUGUUUGGCUUUGCACGAUACCGCGAGUCGGACGUUCCAGAGGAUCGCAUUUGAAGAGCCUAUCAAAUGCGGAGACUGCAUUAUCCGCGCGCUCGUGAAUCAGAGUGGGAAACGAGGACUGGAAGCGUUCUUGCCUCCCAAGUCCAAGAAGCCCUUUUCUAAGGAAGCCAAGCCUGCACUGCCCCUCGGGUCGAGCUGGCAAGACGCGGACUUUAGGCUCGCUACGUUGGUCCCGGAAUGGGUGAACACUCGGCAGUUUGUUCUGCGUAUGCUACAGCGCUACCGAUUCGUUCUCGGUGAUACGCCUUUCAUGUUUGCCAUCGUGACUGAUCCGGAGCGGGCGACGCAAUACGUCGAAGCAAUCACUUCAAAGCCCGAGUUGGCGAUCCUGUGUGUCAACGACGAUGUUGCAGAGGGAGACGAUAGCGUUAGAGGUAUCCUCGGGGACUGGAUGGGCAGUCGGUGGAACCAGAGCGCGACAUGGGAGCGGAGGCAAUAG